GAGACUCGCUAGGUUUGCCAAACCAACUCCCCAAAGGGGACCUUAGAGAGCAAUCUUCUUCCUUCUCUCUCUCUCUCUCUCUCUCUCUCUUUCAAUGGCUUCCUCGUCUUCCAGAACUAAGUCCAGUGGGCCCGUUCUACGCUCCCUCUCACCCUCCAGUAGAUUCUGCUCAUACACCACAUCCAAAACCCCUUUCUCUUCUCCUUCAUCCGCAUUCGCUUCCUCCACAAGCUCUGGCUUCUCCUCUUCAACCUUCUUCAACCAGCCACGUCAGCAUCACUCUCAAAGCCAUCACAGCCACCACCGUGCCGCAUCGCCCACACGUGUCAAUCUAUACAGCCCCGCCCCUCUCUCUUCCGGCGUCCGGUUCUCUAUCGACCCCCGGUCUAUAUCACCCAACCGGUCCAUAUCGAACCAGAUCAUCACGACGAAGAACAACCGUCCGAUCUCUGGCCAGAAGAAGACGUGUAUGUGCUCGCCUACGAUGCACCCUGGCUCGUUCCGAUGCAGCCUCCACAAGAACAUCGGGAACAACAACCACCACUCCGAUUCAUACCCCUCGAAUCGGCUUAACAUGCGUAGAUCUGCUAUGAAGAACUCGCUCGUGAGAAUCGGAGGCGUGGAGGGCGAGUGGGUGAAACGGGCCCUGACAGCACUGAUUCGGCCCAGUUCGCAUCAACAGAGGAGGAGAGCGGGGUUCGAGCCCAGGCCCAGUCGUCUCUCUGUCAUGUCCAAAGCCCAGGAUCUAUGAUUUUCUUUUAGAAAAAAGGUUUUUUCUAUUUACACCUUGCAGGUUGUUCUUGAUUUUGCUGGUUUAUAUACCAUACCACCCAUGGCGCCCUGAUCUGCCGCCAGAGUUGGAUUCCGGCGAAGCGGUUGGGAGGUAGCGGCGAGUCCUAUCCGGCGAGUUUUGGUUUCGUCGUCUGGAGCAGAUUGGUGAAUUUGGCUGCAUAGAUCUAUGACACUGGACCUACACAUUGAUUUUGUACAUAAAUUUUGCUAUGGAAGCAGAGUUUGGACCCCCUUUUGUUUUAUGCCUUGUGCAUAAUUUGAUUACAGUGAACAUACAUACAUACAUACACAAAAUACUACAUCUCAGGCUUAAUUUGGGACGUGAAAAUUCCUCCAAUUGAACUAAUUAAAAUUGGUAUUAAAAUUGAAACCUAAAAUGAGUUGAUGGGUAUUGAGGACACGGUUGAUUAUUUAGUGUGAUGCAUCCCGGUUCUGUUUGCAGCGUCGUCGAAUUUGUUAUAUUUUCCGUCUGUCAAUGGCCGCCGUUUGCAUUUGGCUUGUGGGUGGUUCCGUUCCGUCAUUUGGGACCGUUCCAUUACCCGUGACGCCGUUUACUAUCUCCGUUACGUUCGUGCAGUUGCUUUGCGUGUGGUGUCAGGUUGGUCGACGUCGUGCAGCUGGACUUUGGAAUUGGGAAUAUUGAAUUUUUGAGUUCGAAGCUGGCAUACUUUAAAUUUAACAAGAGGCAGAAAUUAUUGACAUAUUUAGAUACCCUAUGCCGGAAGGAGGACUCUUUCGUAUGAAUUCGGAAACAAUAUUGAAUAACUUCACAUUAAAUAAUUAGUAAAUGAUAAAUAAUCCAAUUUUAAGAGUAUGCAGGAAGGAGCACAAUGUCGUGAGAUCAGAAACCUGGCAAAAGUAGGAAAAAAGUAAUUAUUAAAUUUAAAGCUAAAAUAUCCCAAUAAUAAAAGAAAGAAAUUUUCAAAGGUGGAAACUUUGAUUUCAUUUGAUUAUUUGAAAGUGUUUUUUGGUCAGGAACUUGUUUAUGUAAAAGUGCCAGCUAGCUGGACAGCUGGCUAUGUGCUUUGCGAUUCA